UGCAGACAGGGAUGCCAUCAAUGAAAGAUAUAAGAGUAUGAGUAGAACAUUGUCUGCUAGUAGAUCUCCUCAAGAUAAAAAGAAACUGGAGCAGGUUGUUGCAGCCCACAACCAGCUUCUGCCUCCCCCUCCCUCCUCCAAGACACAACAGAAUAAACAAAAUAAUAGGUCAAAUUUGAAGAUCCUGUGCCGUAAUGGAGAUGCACGAAAUCACAUUGCAAAAGCAAACCAUGAUCUAACAGGGGCAGAAAAGGAGAGGAAGAAAGCCGAGAAAAGAAGAGCGAAAAAGAAAAGAAGGAAAGAAAAGAAAAAAAUAGAAAAGUUAGAAAAUCAAAUAUUUAAUCAAAAUUCAAAUAAUAAUAAUGAUAAGAGAUACAAGGGUUAGAUCCAAACUCUGCGUUUGUUGCUACAGCAGCAGCCAAAAAAUUAGGAGGGUAUGGAGCUAUGUCUAAACAUGAAGAAAAGGGAAAGAGUCUUAGUAAAUCAGGAAGCCAGGAUGACGAUGGAAGUAAUUCUACUGGUAUUGACCCAGUGGUGCUACAGUCGAGACAACUGGCAAUCCGUGGCAAUGAGGCGGCUAGUGUAGGACAAUAUUCAGUGGCGGUUAGACUCUUCACAGAUGCCAUCCGCCUUGAUCCAAACGACCACCGCUUCUUCGGAAAUAGAUCUUACUGUUAUGAUCAGUUGGGGCAACAUGAGAAAGCUUUAAAAGAUGCAGAGAGAGCAAUAAAGAUAGCACCACAGUGGCCUAAAGGACAUUAUAGAAGAGGUACAUCUCUCAAUGGAUUAGGAAAAUACAUAGAGGCCGAAUCUGCCUUCGAGGAGGUGCUACGUUUAGAUAAAGGCUGCCAAGAAGCUAGAGACGAAAUUCAUAAAGUUAGAAUUAUACGUAUUAUUGAAAUGGGAUUUACUGAAAGACAAGCUAACAGUGCUAUUUCUAAAUACAUUAACGUACAGCCUGCCUUGGAUGCCUUGCUGGCUGGAGAGUUCAAAGAAUCAAUGGAAGAUGUUUUUUACUCUGACGAUGAAGAUGAUUUCAGUAAACGUGUCAAAGUACCACAAGCUCCAAAGAGUGUUAAAAUGAAUAUGAGAAUUGGGAGCUUCGGUGACACAUCGCUUGUUACUGGCAGGAAUACUACCACAAAUAUUGGCCCAAGAAAUCCAGAAGGGUUAACAUCUUUAUGGGUUGGAAAUGUUGUACCAGAUGUAACUGAAAAAGUGCUUAGCCAGUUGUUCUCGAAACAAGGUCAUGUUACAAGUGUACGGCUUUUGAAGGAAAAAUACUGCGCUUUUGUAAACUAUGCCAACAAGGCUGCUGCUGGCCGUGCUAUGGAGGCCCUGCAGGGCCAUGAACUGUGUGGCCAAAGACUCCUUAUAAAAUUCCCUGACAAUCCAAUUGUUAAUGGUGCACAGAAUGUUAUCCUCAGGAAAUCUAAACCACAACCAAUAAAAAACAAUGUUAAAGUGAAUGGUGCUGCAGGUGUGGUCACCAGUAAUAUUCUUUUCCCACAAAGCCAAGCCCAGACCCAGCCUCAGCCUAACGCCGCCAAACUCAAGGGACCAGUUAACGGAGAUGAGUGUUAUUUUUGGCGCACGACAGGAUGUGCCUUUGGUGAAGCUUGCAAACACAAGCACAUUCCAAACAACAAAGGAAUUGACAGAAAACCUUGGCAGAUGUAAUUUUUAUGUGCCCAAUUUUUAGCUAUUCUCCUAGUUCAGAAAAACGAAUUUCAU